AUGAUGAUUCAGGGGAGAAAACCAAAGUCAUCCAAAAUAAAGCGAGGCAGUGCAGAAAAAACAGUGAUGUUUCAGGACCACUGUAUCUACUCCUGGAAUUACGAUGCUGAGCCAGCCCUGACCCGGAGGCUGCCUCUCUUAAGCCGCUGCGGACAAGCCCGGCUGCGGUUCAUUGCUAAACCAUGUGCCUUAGGCCUUAAAGUCCAAGCCAAUGGACCACAGAAGGCUCAGCCCAACGCUAUCCUGGAAAAAGUUUUCACAGCCAUUACAAAGCAUCCAGAUGAGAAGAGGCUGGAGGGUCUCUCCAAGCAGCUGGACUGGGAUGUGCGCAGUAUUCAGCGCUGGUUUCGACAAAGACGCAACCAGGAAAAGCCCAGUACUCUUACAAAGUUCUGUGAGAGCAUGUGGCGAUUUACAUUUUACCUUUAUAUAUUUACCUAUGGAGUACGGUUCCUGAAAAAGACACCUUGGCUCUGGAACACCAGACAGUGCUGGAACGGGUAUCCAAAUCAGCCACUGAUGCCUGACCUUCAUUAUUACUACAUAGUUGAAUUGUCAUUCUACUGGUCCUUAAUGUUUUCUCAAUUCAUUGACAUCAAAAGAAAGGAUUUUGGCAUCAUGUUUAUACAUCACAUUGUUACAGUCAUCUUGAUAACCUUCUCAUAUAUAACCAAUUUGACACGAGUGGGAACCUUGACCUUGUGUCUCCAUGACGCGGCUGAUAUUGUCCUAGAGGCUGCCAAAAUGGCAAACUACUGCAAGUGUCAAAAACUGAGUGACCUUUUGUUCCUUACGUUUGCCAUUGUCUUCAUUGUCAGUAGGCUUGGCAUAUAUCCUUUAUGGAUAUUAAACACAACAUCGUUUGAACUAUACGAAGCUCUGGGCAAUUUUCCUGCCUGGUGGGUCUUAAACAUGCUGCUUGCAGUUCUUCAAGUUCUGCACUGUUUUUGGUCUUACCUAAUCGUAAAGGCAGCCUAUAAAGCUAUUUCAAAGGGCAAGGCUGGGAAGUGGAACCCUUUGCAUGUAACAAAGGAUGACCGAAGUGACAUUGAGACAAGCUCAGAUGAGGAAGAAACAGUACCUCGUUCAAAGACCCUACACAGCCCUAUCACCAGUAAUGGGACCGGUGGUGCCAACGGGACAAAUGGGUAUCUUACCAGUGGCACGUGCUCAGAGGAGCAUUAAUCCUUGCGUUCAAUCAUGACAGACGAGCAAAAGGAACUGUUUGCUACUGGAAGUAAAUUAUAAAUCGUGAAUGCGGUUUCUUCAUAUAUCACAGCAUCAGAAAAAGUUAGGAGUAUCAAAGCGUUCAGUACACUGCCAUAUUCCCUGUUUGUGAAUGAAGACGACGCACCAUUCUGUAUACGUAGGCGCAUGCUGUAUGUGUAUAUAAAUGACACAAUGGGAGCAGUAUUUUCAUUUUUACUGUCUUUGAAAUAUUAUUUAUUUUGUAUACUUUCUGGGAACUUCUGGACAAAAGGGAAUAUCCUUACUCAAACUUAGCUCUUUGGAUUCUCAGUGGUGGGGAGCAUCAUGCUCAGAUAUCUUCUGUCCAUGCCUGUUGCUUUCACUGAGUCUGCUAUAAGUAAUAGUUGCUUGAUUUGUUACUUAAAGUAAGAUAGAACAUAGCUUUACAGAUUCUAGCUCGCUUCAGAUAUUUUUGCUUAUUUUUGUGUUUAAAGUGCUGGUUUUAAAAUUGCCUAUCAAUUCACAGUGGCUGUUUCUCCAACAUAAAGUUUUAAAACAUUGGAUUGGUAUUUUAAAUAGUAGCUAAUGUGGUCAAUUAGCAAUUGAAAGAAAGAAAACCUGUGGUAAUUUUGGGAUAUUAUUUUAGCAUAAUUUGAAAUUCAAAAAUGGUGGUUAAUUGCAUUAGAAGUAGACUCGAUCAGUUGUGCAUAUACUCGUACGCGCAACAAUUUAUGUCAACAGUUAGGAUAAGCUCUUACUCAUAUUAUUUUUGCCGUGCAAUUUUUUUAAGAUUUCAGCUUGCAAAAUUCUUCAAUUCUUCAAUUCUUUCAAUUUGCAAAAUUUCAGCUUUUUGCACAGAUACUGUGUUGAAAGAUGUUUGGUCAGUUGUGCCAUCCAGGACUCACUCCUGAAACUGUUCUUGCAAGUUCAGAAGGAUGAGAGCAGGGAUAUAAUGGGAAAAAAAAACAGCAGAUGAAAGGUCAUUGCUUUCCUGGAUACAGCUCAGUCUAGGUAUUGUUCUUACAAUUAUUGCCGCUUUCUUGAUAGGCUGAAGAGAGGAUAGAAGGCAGAAGGUUAUACGUAACUAGAAGAAGUUUAUUUUAAAUGCAUGAAAGCUUGAGCAAAAGUCACUUAACAUAAUUCACAGCAAGCUUUGAAGGCCCAACAGUAUUUUAUCACCUCUAGAAAUAAAGUUAAGGGUGGUCAUAAAAUACUUUCACUCUCCUGUUCUAGCCAAGGUUUAGGAACUGUGUUCCCAAAGGAGACAAAGUAACACCCAAAAUAAACAUCUUUUUUAAUAUUAUGUAUACACACUUCUUCCAGUUUUUAGAACAAAGUUUGAUGUUGUAUUGCUAAGGAUCAUACAACUCUUGCAGAACACUUCUCUGUGAUUAUUAACAGCAGUGCCAGAAGUAGGAGAGGUUCCUGGGCAACAGACUCUAUGCAACCUACUCUUCAACAGUAUUGUGUAUGUGCACGCAAAACCAAUGUGCUUAUAGACCAAAGAGACACAGACACACACAGACACACACACCACACACACACACACACACACACACACUCUCUCUCUCUC